UUCCCUCCAAAACUGUAGAUGCCUAUAUUAAUGCAUGAGGGAUCUUCACUCUGGUCCCAGCGGCUCUUCUCUGAGGACACCAAUACGGUGAACAGUGGGACUUGUCUUCAGCUGCAAGUGGAUCAGCUCUGACCUGUGUGGUGAUCAGACCCGGAGAGGAGAGACAACCGGUCCAACAAGGUGAUGGGCGCUUGAAAGGACGAAUCACCAAGACAAACAAGACGAGCCGCCACAGGAGCCUGAGGGGAAAGUGUCAGUAUCUUUCACUUGUAUUUUAUGAGGGGGAUCAAACAUGGCUGAUAUAUCUGCAGAGUGCUGAUGGUCACUGUUCGUUUCUCCAGAACGAGAGCAGCCAGGAGCUGAAAGUGCGGGCAGAGGAACCGGCUGCUGAGGACGAGUUUGAGGACAGUUUCCUUAACUGAAUCCUGAUUUCCUGCAGUCAAGUGUUGUGGACCGACAUGUUGUCUGGUUGCUGCUCGGCCCAGGACAGGAAGUCUCUGCAGCGAGUGAUCCAUCCAUCCACAUUGACAGUGGAGAGGGUCCCCUCUGAUGGACCUCGGGGCCCCUGGGACCAUCUCCCUCUCCCGGCUCCUGCUGCCUCACAUAUUGAUGCAUAUGGAUCAUCAUAACAUGGGCUCUGCUGGAUCAUUGCUCUACUCUGUUUUAGUGUCUUGUCAUAUCUGUAAAAUGUGAUGCCUCUUCACUCUGAUCUUCUUCGUUAUACUGCUUAUUAUCUCGUGUGGCCUCCCUCCUCCACGUCACCACGGCAGAGAGGAGGUCGUGUGGGUCGGGCACCGAUGCCUCGGCCUGCUCAGUCGUCUCCUGGAUCCACAAACUUCUGUCCGAAUCGUCUUGUUGAGAUUCAGGGAGAUCAGGUCAACUGCACACAGGAAGACGAACGCCUCAAAUCAAACUAAACUAAAGAUGUUGUAGUGAAGAGUGAUCCUGAGGCAGAUCCUCGGGAGCAGAAGAAGAGGGUGUCUAGCUGCUGACAGAACUAAGGACCUCUUCUGAUUCAGGUUUUUUGUUGACCCUCGUCCUCAUCUUCACCUCAACAGACACCGAACAGUGUGAUUUAUUUUAAAUAUGCGUUAGUCUUUAUCUUACUUUUGCCUCCUGGGAGCUGCAGCAACACUCCGGAACGGAACAGAGACAUCCCAAACACUUUUCAGCUGCUGUGAUUGAAACUCGGAAGCUGAACACCUUCAUGGAGAAGACACUGACAUUAGGUCUGACUCUUUUCUUGACUCUUUGUCUGGAUGGAGCUGCAGCUGGAGGACGGAAGGAUGGAGAGAACAGUCAGAAACGUUCAUCACGAUCUUCAGAUACUAAAGGAGGCCGCUGCUCCUACACCUUCAUUGUUCCGCAGCAGAAACUGACAGGAGCGCUGUGUUUGAACACACAGCCUGCUGCCACCAACCACUCGGAGGUGGCAGCGCUGCGGGCGGAGCUGGUGCGGCAGCAGGAGCAGCUGGAGAAGCUCCGUGGCCAACUGGAGCAGGAGGGGUCCCUCGCCAUGGAGGUCAGAGCCCUGCGCAAGGAGAGCAGCAGCAUGAAUUCUCGUAUCGCCCAGCUGUACGCCCAGCUGCUGCAUGAAGUCAUACACAAGAAAGAUCAGGCUGUGGAGCAGCGAAGGGUGGAGAACCUCCUGCUUAAUGCCACUGCACAGGCACUGCAGGUGUCCAGUAACUACAGGGAGCUGGAGAAGAAAUAUGGAGUCCUCACCUCCAUGAUGAGCUCCCAGAACCAGUUUAUUGCUCGUCUGGAGAAGCAGUGCCAGUGCAGGGACUCCACCCAGUCCACCCUGGUGACGACUGAACCACCAAAAAGCCCGUCUAAUGUGCAUCCUAAUUACAGCUCCGAAGCCAGCGAAAUGACCAAUGAUGUUCAAAGGGACCAAAGUGCUCCAUCACCACCACAGCAGCAAGAAAAACCAGCUCAUUCUGUCCCCACCACUACAGCCCACACUCCUACAGACCCUCCUUUCAUUAGCUUCCCCGUCACAAAGACUCCAGGGCCGUGGCGAGACUGCCAGCAUGUUAUGGAAUCAGGUGAGACCACCAGCGGGAUCUACCUGCUCCGCCCUCAGAGUGCCAACCGCCUCCUGCAGGCCUGGUGUGAGCAGAGUCGGGCGCAGGGAGGCUGGACGGUCAUCCAGAGGAGGCAGGACGGGUCGGUCAACUUCUUCAGGACUUGGGAGCAGUACAAGCAAGGCUUCGGGAACCUUGAUGGAGAGUACUGGCUCGGCCUGGAACACCUCUACUGGAUGACUAAGCAGGCCACGUAUAAGCUCCGGGUGGCUCUGGAGGACUGGCAGGGCCGGCAGGUGUUCGCCGAGUACGACAGCUUCCACCUGGAACCGGAGAGCGACUGGUACCGGCUGCGGUUGGGACAGUACCAAGGCACAGCAGGAGACUCCCUGUCGUGGCACAACAACAAGGCCUUCACCACUCUGGACCGAGACAAGGACAGCUACACAGGUAACUGCGCUCAUUUCCAAAAAGGAGGCUGGUGGUACCACAUGUGUGCCCACUCCAAUCUGAACGGGGUGUGGUAUCGAGGUGGACACUAUCGUAGCCGCUACCAGGACGGGGUCUACUGGGCGGAGUUCCACGGGGGAUCCUACUCCCUCAAACGAGUGACCAUGAUGAUCAAACCCACAUAACACAGUUGCAUUAUGGACACAACUGAGAAAUGGUAGACAUAUAUCCAGGGCCUUAUAUGAUAUGUUGACCUCGCACAGUGUUGAGCCAGUUUAUGAAAAAAUGUCCUAACAUGUUGAUUAGAGGCCUGUCAGUGAGGACAUCAGUGACAUGUCAGUGAAUCAUUAAAUAGAAAUGUCUUUCCUCUUGUGGUGCAGUUUCCUGACAACAUCUGAAACUUUCCCAUUUGCAAUGUACCUUUCAAUAAAAAGAUACAACAGUA